ACACCACACGGAAGUGACGCGGAUGCUCAAAAGAGUUCAGCAAAGCAUCUGGGAGCAAAACAGCAGCUAGCCUAAAUAGAUUUACCACCAGAAGACCAAAGGGACGGGACUAACGCACGAUCCGAACACUUAACACAUCCGUGACGAGGCGUCCAUUAUGAAUCCGGUCUACAGCCCUGCAGGGACAGGGGUCCCCUUCACCAACACUAAGGGUAUGGGCUACCCAGCGGGAUUUCCUGUUGGCUAUGCAGCAGCUCCUCCAGCAUACACUCACAAUAUCUAUGCAGGAGCGAACGCCGCCUUCCCCGGGGGCUACGCUCCAGGCACUCCUUUCAAAAUGUCCUGCUCUCCCAACAAUGGGACUGUCCCCCCGUACUCCUCCUCACCCAACCCUUACCCUGCUGCCGUUUACCCGGUCAGGAGCACCUACCCCCAACAGAACCCCUAUGCACAGGCACUAAUACCUUCACAACAGCAAGGCACUUAUUACACACAGCCUCUGUAUGCCGCACCGCCACACGUUAUCCACCACACCACAGUGGUCCAGCCAAAUGGGAUGCCCGCGGCCAUGUAUGCCCCGGCCAUGCCCCCCCAACGCCACAACAGUGUCGCCAUGGGGAUGGUAGCCGGCACCACCAUGGCCAUGUCAGCUGGAACUCUGCUGACAACUCAAUCACCAGCGUCUGUUGCCCCCCACCAAGUCACGAUGCCCACAUAUCGGCAUCCCGGCACACCCAGCUACAGCUAUGUGCCGCCACAGUGGUGAAAAGAAGAAAGCGUCAGAAGAUGGUAGAUAUGCAUUCACACUCCAGUGUUUUUUGCUAUUGGGGAAGACCUGCCCUGCCAGUGUCUGCAACCAGUUACUCUUCUUCCAGCAUAAUGUGAAUCUUAAACCUAACUACAUAGAAAGAGGCCCAUUUGGAUAGGAGGGGGUGAAGAAUAGGCCCAUCCCCAUGACCCCUCUCAAUGGAAUAAGGCUGCAUUCCAUGUCACACCCACAGCGCCAGCACCUCCUACGACCUGCUGCAUAUCUCACGUGUAACAGCAACGCCUCCAUGCAAACUUUUUUUGUGGAUUGUCAUGCAGGUUUUUUUUAUAGCUUAAACUAUUAAGUGGUGAAAAGGGAGUUUGGAAUAGUUUUUUUUUUUUUUUGUUUUGUUUUAUUUGGGGGAUUCAUAUGAUGUUGAAUGCAUGCAUGUGUGUGUGUG